GCCCCCUGCUCGCCUUCCCUCGGCGGGUGUGAUCCGAGCGGCCUCGCCUCAACGCCUAGCGCCCCCCUCAGCCGCCCGAGCCGCCGCCUGGGCCGCCGCCUCCGCCCGCCGGCCAUGUCCUCCGGCCGCCGCCGCCGCCGCCCGAGCGCGGCGCUCCCGCGGCCUGGCGCGCAGUGAGCGCGAGCCCGUCUUGCCGUUCGCCCGCCCCGGGGCCCCCUUGUUCUCCGCGCCGCCGCCGCCAUGUUGGGUUUGGAGCCGCAGCGGAGCCGCCGCCGCCGCCGCCGGUGAGAGAGGGAGAGAGAGAGAGAGAGAGAGAGAGAGAGAGAGAGAGAGGCCGAGAGCGGAGCCCGCCCCGCCCCGGGGGCCCAGGGAGCGGGGCCGCCUCGGAGCCCGGCUCUCCCCGCCAGCCGCCUGCCCGCCUUGCCUGCUGUGGGAGUCAGCGAGCGAGCGCCGGGCCCCGGCCGCGCCUUCCGCUCCCGGCCCGAGCGAGCGAGCGAGCCAGCCAGCCAGCCGCCGGGCCCGGCGACAGCCUGCAGCGGAGUCCUCGAGAGUCAGCGCCAUGGCGGAGCAGACUUACUCGUGGGCCUACUCCCUGGUGGAUUCCAGUCAAGUGUCUACAUUUCUGAUAUCCAUUCUUCUCAUAGUGUAUGGUAGUUUCAGGUCUCUUAAUAUGGACUUUGAAAAUCAAGAUAAAGAAAAAGACAGUAACAGUUCUUCGGGGUCUUUUAAUGGCAACAGCACCAACAAUAGUAUCCAAACAAUCGACUCCACCCAGGCUCUGUUCCUUCCCAUUGGAGCGUCUGUGUCUCUUCUAGUAAUGUUCUUCUUCUUUGACUCAGUUCAAGUCGUUUUUACAAUAUGUACAGCAGUUCUUGCAACGAUUGCUUUUGCUUUUCUUCUGCUCCCAAUGUGCCAGUAUUUAACAAGACCCUGCUCACCGCAGAACAAGAUCUCCUUCGGUUGCUGUGGGCGGUUCACUGCCGCUGAGCUGCUGUCCUUCUCCCUGUCUGUCAUGCUCGUCCUCAUCUGGGUCCUCACCGGCCACUGGCUUCUCAUGGAUGCUCUGGCCAUGGGCCUCUGUGUUGCUAUGAUCGCCUUCGUCCGCCUGCCGAGCCUCAAGGUGUCCUGCCUGCUUCUCUCAGGGCUUCUCAUCUAUGAUGUCUUUUGGGUGUUUUUCUCAGCCUACAUCUUCAAUAGCAACGUCAUGGUGAAGGUAGCCACGCAGCCGGCUGACAAUCCUCUGGAUGUUCUCUCCCGGAAGCUCCACUUGGGGCCCAAUGUUGGGCGUGAUGUUCCUCGCCUGUCCCUGCCUGGAAAACUGGUCUUCCCAAGCUCUACAGGCAGCCACUUCUCCAUGCUGGGCAUCGGAGACAUCGUGAUGCCCGGCCUCCUGCUGUGCUUCGUCCUGCGCUAUGACAACUACAAAAAGCAAGCCAGCAGCGACUCCUGCAGCGCCUCUGGACCCGCCAACAUCUCCGGGCGCAUGCAGAAGGUCUCCUAUUUCCACUGCACCCUCAUUGGCUACUUUGUGGGUCUGCUCACCGCCACGGUGGCGUCUCGCAUCCACCGAGCCGCCCAGCCCGCCCUCCUCUACCUGGUACCCUUCACCCUUUUGCCGCUGCUCACCAUGGCCUACCUGAAGGGUGACCUGCGGCGGAUGUGGUCGGAGCCGUUCCACUCCAAGGCCAGCAGCUCGCGCUUCCUGGAAGUAUGAUGGGUCCCCCAGAACGUGACCACGUGGCCACCCUGGUCCUGUGCUCUCAACGCGUGCUUUCGUCUCCCCUUACAGUUGGCGUGGUAUUGAGACGCACCUGCUUCAGGAACUGACCGGGGACUGGCUCAUGCACCCAAGGGAGCUUGUUGGCCGAGAAAGGGGCUAGAGCCCCCUGGGCUCCUCCUCUUCCUGCCGCCACCAGGGCGGAGCCCCCUGCGGAAGUGACAGGCCCACUCUGCACUCCCUCCUCCCCCAGUCUGACGGAUCUGCACCUGUUACCUUGUGGAGGAGCCGGAGGUUGGACUCUUCAAAAACUGGAAAUGGCACCACGUCGUUCUAGAACUUGUGAACACUAAAGGAAGGAAAACAGUGAGCAAAUUGAAGUUUCUUCAGGGACCCUCGGACUUCGGGACCAGUUUCCUAUGGGGGACUCGGUGUCAGAGACCUCGACAGAGCUCUUCUGUCAUUAUAUUCUUUCUUUUUGGAUUUAUUAAAUAUUUUCUGUGGUGUGAAGUGACUUAUUAAAUCCACAGACAUUGAGUGACUUCUUACAACAUCUACAUGAAAAUCUGUUGUAACAAGUUCAUGUCCACCCAAACGUCGCGUGGGCAGUGAACAGGGCACGGUUUUUCUACAGACCUGUGUACACACACACAUAGGUAGCUACCAGUAACCCCACGCCACCCCGGGCCUGCGCCCACCCUGCACAUGGCGAGCCGCUCCCACCACGACCCAGCCCAGACUGACAGGGUCGGGGCUCCUGGGGGCUCUCUGGCUCUGAUCAGUGUAGCAAAUUAAGGAUGAAAAGUUCACACUUUUUUGCCCCUCCCCUUUCUUUUGUUUGUGUUUUCUUUCUACAGGCUUCUCCCGCACAAGGUUUUCAGUAGAUCCUUCCGGAACCAGUGCAUGUACAGUAGCAGCCGGUGUCUGUGCUCUCGGAUCAUAGUAAUGUACUACUUGUAAAUACAUUUUUCUAUUUUA